AGGAAAUAUUAAUUAAUUAAUUGGGGGUCCUAUUUUGCAACAAUGCCAGAUGGCACGUGUUUCGACUGUAUUCACAUGUCCAGGAUAUAAGUACGUCCCAUCAUCUUCUCUUCCUUCUCCCAUGGCUACCUCCAGUUCGCUCAGCAGCUCGUCACUGCUCGACGACCAAGAUGAAAGCGUCAGAAUUGCCGUCAAGGCCCUUGGAGACAUGCGAAACGGGCAUCCGUCGGCCAGAGAAACUCAGUCUGCAAAUACUCCAGCUCUUUCUGUAGCUUCUACGUCACAGCCAACAACAUCUCUCCCUAGUCCAAGCGUCUCUUCCAUUGACGCCAAAAUGUACGGAGGUGGAACAGCGCUGGAACCCGAGUUUGUGAAGCGGAUGUCUCACCUGCCGCUGGUCAACAGCGCACUGAGGGUGUACGAGCAGGGAAAAGCAAGCUCCAGAGUUGUCAAGUAUGGUGCCGAAAUGAUGGAAUCCGGUGUAAAGACAAUAUCGAAGCCCGUCAUUGAUCGGCUGCCAGUGAAUGUCGAGCAAUUGGACGAGUUUGCUUGUAGGCAAUUGGACAGGCUGGACAGGUAUCGUCGACCAUCUUGCGAUCGGGAAAGUUCACGAGAACGUGGACGAGGCAAAACACGUCAAGAAUCAAUGUCUUCGGAUAGGGACGUAAGCGUGUCGCCUUCGGUAGAAGGCGAUGAUGCUAAGCGGGUGGGGAUGUGGAUAGACAGUACGAGUUCUUACGAUCAGCGGCGUUCACCUACGCCGACGCCCGAAGUACCGGUAGAGGAUGCUGAUCAACAAGUUGCCCAAAGAAGCAGAUGGCACACCGUACUGCUAGAAGCUGGAGGGUUGAGCGCAGCCCUGAGCGAAGAAAGCCUACGUCGGUUGCGAUAUUGUUUGAGCUGGUUGCAGUAUGCUACUGCUCAUAUUGACGCCCAAAUUGUCGUUCUCCGAAACUUUGCUGCGGCGCUACAAGAGCGCCAUUUUUCGAACCAAAUUGGCGAGGGAGUUCCGUUAUCAGAAGCUCACAUGCAUACCCUUGCGCAUAUACGUCAAGACAUCGUGCAUACUGUCCGACAGGUGGUCGAUGUCGUGGGCAAGUACGCCGGUGGGGCUUCGUUGCCGGAGCCGGCCCGUCAGCGCGUAAAAGGUUUCAUUCUCACAUUGCCAAAGCGAUGGGCCGCUGCGAUGAGGAACGGCGCCUCUGCCGCUCCUCGAGGCGAAAAUGAGCGGGAGAGCGUGGCUGCUGCUUCUGCGGGAAGGAGUCGGAGACACCAUCAACCUAAGAGAGAACGCGGUGUCGCUUCCGUUACUGACACUCCCCAGCAAUCACCAACCGCCUCUCCACGUAUCCAUCCCCGCACUAUGGCGUCGGAAGACGGACACCGGAGGAUGACCACGGACACAGCUAUGGUUGCGGCCCAGCGGAUACUCACGUUAGCGACGGAAAGUCUGGAUAUGAUGCGUGGAGUCACGGGAGUCGUGAAGGAUAGUUUGGAUCGGGCUGAUGCUUGGGUUGGAAGACUACGAACUGUAGGCAUAAGGGGGGCUAGUGAAGGUGAAGAAACAGAUGCCGAGAGGGAGAGUGUUGUGCCUCCAUCACUGAAGCGGCGAGACAGUUUCGAUAUUCCGGGUCCGCCUACGGUGCCCGUGGAUGCCCCUAGCCCUGAUGUACGGCUUCCCUUGAGUAGGAUGAGCCUUGACGAGGAAGACGAGGCUGAGGGUAGCGGGCGUAUGGACGUUGACCCCGCUUGAUGUCUAGAAUGACUUCCAUUCAUUUCUCUUUACCUGUCUUUUGGACCUCCAGUGGGAUAAAUCCUUCUUAUGCUGACUUUACUAACUUUACAUAUCUAUCCAUGUUACCACUUAUCAAACGGGAUAUCCUUUUGAAUUUAAUUUAACCUCUCACUGUACCACCCUUGAUGCUAAAUAUUUAUAGACCCGGAGUCAUAUUUAAUUUGUACUACCUGUACCAUCAUCAGCACAUACAAAUACGAUGUAUUUUGAAUUAUGUACCUUGAUG